AUGGUCAAAAUGCGCCUUGCUCUCUCUCUGUUCUGGCCAAAGGGUGAGAUAAGAGAGUGUGAAGAGGGUAAACAAGGAGCAGCAGUUUCAGAUGCUGACUUCCUGACAGGUGGGGUUUGUACGGGUGCCAUAAAACCAAGAAAAAUUCCAAGAGGGCAUCUAAAAGAAAAAGGAAGUCACUUUACAGUGUUCACCGGGUACUUUAAGAGCAUUAGCCAGUGCGGUGAAAGCCAACUUGCAAAUGGAGAUAGAGGCUUUGAGAAUGUGGAGCUGGGCGUCAUAGGAAAGAAGAAGAAAAUCCCAAGGAGGGUUAUUCAUUUUGCAAGUGGAGAAACAAUGGAAGAAUAUAGCACAGAUGAAGAGGAAGAUGAACAAGAGAAAAAAGACCUGUUGCCACCUGUAGAUCCUACAACGCUCACAUGGGGACCCUACUUGUGGUUUCACAUGCUGCGAGUUGCCACAUCAACCUUAUCAGUGUGUGAUUUCCUUGGGGAAAAGAUUGCAUCUGUUCUGGGGAUAAGCACACCAAAAUACCAAUAUGCUAUCGAUGAGUAUUACAGAAUGAAGAGAGAGGAGGAAGAGGAGGAACAGGAAAACAAGAUGUCAGAAGAAGCAGAAAGACAGCAUCAGGAACAGCAGAGUAAGCCGCAAGCUGAAGCUCCUGUCCAGACAGACCAGCCUGAAGCAACAGCAUGCACUUCAUUCGUGAACAUAAACUUUGAAAAUGAGGGAGAUUGCCAGUCCGUUGGGGAAAACAAACAAGAUGUAGUUCCUGUCCCUCCUUAAGUGUAAAGCUCUGUAUAACGUAGGAGAUAGGAAGCGUCAGGUGUCACAAUCUGGCUA